AUGUCACCACCCAAUGAAUUUCGCGCAAGAGCAUCCAGGAAUUGCGGCAACUGCCGCACCAUAAAGCGACGCUGCGACCAGCAGCUUCCCCAAUGUGGACAAUGCAUUCGUAUGCGCGAAAACUGCACUGGAUACCGAGAUAAAUGGGAACUGGUCUUCCGUGACCAGACAAACCAUACUAUCAAGCGGUCCAAGAAGAAAUCAGCAAAGAAGGCGGCCUCGACCGAGGUUACCGAAGUUACCUACUCGCAUCCACCUGCCCGUGGCUUGGGCCCAAAUCUCGACGAAAUGGGCGUAAACUAUUUCCUUCAAGACUUUGUCAGCGGUGGCCGUUCUCCUUCGCGCGGAUAUCUAAACUAUAUUCCAACUGCCUACAGCGCCGAUCUUGAGCAUCCGACACUCGUCACCAGUAUGGCGGCCGUCGGCCUCGUGGCGUUGGCAACUCAACAGCCCGAACUUGUCAGCCACGCGUGCAACAAAUAUUCAGAAGCGAUCCGCCAUGUGAACUUUGCAUUGGCAUCCCCUGUUGAGGCUGUCAAGGAUAGCACCUUGAUGUCGGUGAUCUCGUUAGGGGUCUUCGAGCAUGUCUCAAACUUCGAGUCGUGGGUUCGACACGUCAAGGGAGCCGCAGCAUUGGUUAUUGCCCGAGGAAAGUCUCAAUUUUCUAGCCCGGCUGCAAUCCUCAUGUUCAACCAAGUACGUGCGGAUAUGACGGCUGCCUGUCUCCAGAGCAUUCAGCCGUUUCCAGAUGAUAUGCGUGAGCUACAGGAAGAGGCAACCAAGAACACAGACACCUCUAGUGCGUUCUGGCUACUCGGAGUGCUAGCCACGCGGUGCGCAACCCUUUUUGCCAACGUCUCAAAGAAUAAUUGGGAUAUCCAUGCGUCUGAUUUCAUACCUUGGUCCUACUUCCUAGAAGAAGCUAUUGUGCUUCAGGAUGACUUUCAACACGUCCUUGCACUUCUCGCUAUACAAGAACCGUAUACAACCAUCCUAGAAUUCAGUGGAGAAACAAGUUCUAUAAUUUACAAUGGUCGAUAUGACCUCUACAGGACAUCUUGGGCAAUAAGACUUUGGAACAACUCGCGAAUGGUUGAAAUAGUUGUUUGCGAGAUUGCAUGCUGGCUCAUAAACAAAAUCCUUACCACAGACCUGGCACAACCAGCACAGGUCCAUCUGAAGCUUAAAUUGAAGCUACAAGAGUUACUGCAAAUCAUGUCAAAGCGGGGAGAGGAUGUAUUGGCCAGUGUUCCACAGGGCUUAGGGCUUAUAUCGGUACUUGAAAGCCAGAACUUUGUUGAUAGCCCCUCCCACACCUGCGUGUCGGGCGGGUAUAUGCUGACCUGGAAUCUCUACACGGUCGGCAAAUCUCCCGUCGUAAAUGAUAAAACUCGGCAAUGGAUCAUCAAGCAACUCAAGGGUGUCAGCAAGAGCGCAGGUAUUGCGAUGGCACUGCAACUCGCCCAGGAUAUAGUCGAAAUAGAUCUGACGGCCAACUGA